AUGUUGCCGGGGAGCGUCCCUGCGCUUGCGCUGCUCCACCCGGAAGACCCUGACAAGCUCUUCUUCUUCCUCGGCUCCUGCAUCUUUGCCGUGGACCUGCAGCAGAGGAAGGUUGUGGAAUGCAGUAACUUUGCAAUGCCUGACUCGCCAAACGAGUUGCUCAUGCGCUCAUCCCACUUCGUCCAUGUAUGGCAGUACGAUCCCUCAAGCAGUCGUAAGCAUCUUUCUCUUACAGCUCCUCGUUACCUUGUUGCUGAUUUGAUUCCCCUUGUGCCAACACCAGAGUUCACAUCCUGCAUAGUCACGAUCUUGACUUUAAAAUUAAAGAUGGAAAAUUCUAGACUUGUGCACAGACGCAGUCACAAUCUUGAUAAAGGGCGAAUGUGUUUAGUUUGA